UUGGAAGGUCGGCAAUUUGGUUUCAAUAUCUAGCCACAAUUGAGCGCUUAAAACGCUGUUUAUUCAGGCCACAGAUACUUCAAAUGAAAUAGACCAUCCUAGAUGCUAAAACAAACAAGUUUGCCUGAAUCUAUUUCAUGCUGAUGACAAACUAAUUGAGGAACUGGACACUUGAUGCAAGGCUGACAUGUCCACUAAAAGGGGUUUUGUUAAACUUAUGGCUUGGACAAUACCAUUUAAAAAGCGGGAAUGUUUAGAUAAGUCAACAAAGCCUCGAACCUGUGCCGAAACAAAAUCGUUCCUUGAUCACGAGUUGAGACCUCUAUAUAAUACGACUGUGCAACACCGUAUACGUUCAUUCACGGCGACCCUUGAAGGAAACACGUUGAACGACCGAGGCGUAAAACACACAGCUCCUUACUUUGCUGAUAUGCUUCCUUGUCCAUUCUCUUCAGGUCAAGUUGCUUCAGUUUGCCAGUUUCUCCAGAAUAACGGAGAGAUAGAUCGCCUUUCGCGAUUUCUAUGGUCCUUACCCGUAGAUAUAGAAAGCGACGAGAAAACUACCGAGACAAUUCUUGUCUCGAAAGCUGUUGUUCACUUCUAUCAGAACAACUUCAAGGAAUUGUACGCAAUACUCGAGAGCAACAAGUUCUCCAAAGAGAACCAUGAACGACUACAGUGUCUCUGGAGGACAGCACACUACAUCGAAGCGGAAAGGCAACGUGGCAGGCCUUUGGGAGCUGUAGGGAAAUAUCGUGUGCGAAGAAAGUACCCUCUCCCUCGGACGAUUUGGGACGGCGAGGAGACCACUUACUGCUUCAAGGAGAAAUCGAGGAACAUUCUGAACAAGGCGUACACCGACAAUCCAUAUCCCACUCCUCGUGAGAAGUAUGAGCUAGCGAAGAUGACUGAUCUCACUGUAACACAAGUCAGUAACUGGUUUAAGAACAAGAGACAACGAGUGCGCGCUGCAGAAAUGAGAAAAGGGGGUCUGGAUCAAGACGGAAUGAUGAAAAUGAAAGGACCAGGACGGUCCAUGAUGUUCAGCUAUGAUGAACUACGAUCUCACUUCCCUUACCUUAUUCCACAAGCCCCAGUCAUUCCAACGCCACAGCCUUCGGUGUCUGCAGCUUACUUUCAAGACCUUCACGUGCACGCUCAUGCACAUGCUCAGUUUCACCGUUCAUACGCGCCGCUCCAAACGUACCCAGCAUAUGUUUCGGGAAGUCCUCAUCCAUGUACCAGCACGUGCACCAGUAACCAUACACAAGUUACUCCUCUGAGUUUGUCUUCACAGACAAGUGCUUUUGAACCGAUCUAUUCUAGUCGGCUUGCAUUGGACAACUUGUAAUCGCGAAUUAUGUUUGAAAAUUUAAUUGAAUAACUUUUUAGCGUUUUCUUUUGUUUUGUUUGUAUUUUUCAGUCACAUUAAUCUCCUGAAUUAGCUAUACAUUGUACAGAGAUUAUAACUAAAAAGGAAAAACUAUUUUCCGACCAAGUAGAAAG